GUAAAAGGGGCGCCACUCCCUCCCUUUCUUUUUUGCAUCCUAUGGGCUAAGCGUUACCGUCAUAUUCGUUUUGCAUAUUCUCUCUUUCCCUUGCUCACUCACAAAUCUACAACAACAGUUUCUUUAUAAAAUAAAAUCCCAUGAUCCAAAUUCCAUUCCAAUCCCUGAUCUCUCCCUGCGAUUAGAUUCCCAUUUCCCAUCUCCAUUUUUGUCUCUUUCUUCCAUCAUUUUUUGAAUCAAGGAUAAUUUCUGCCUUUUCCAGAUCGGAGCUCUAAUCCAACUCACCGAUGGCCGUUGCCACCGAUAAGCUCACUCCCCUCAAUUCUGCUGUUGCUGGACUCAAUCAAAUCAGCGAGAGUGAGAAAAAUGGAUUCAUAAGCCUGGUCUCUCGAUAUCUUAGUGGGGAAGCCCAACAAGUGGAGUGGAGCAAGAUUCAAACACCUACUGAUGAAGUAGUGGUUCCUUAUGAUAGCUUGGCGCCCAUUCCUGAAGAUCCAGCUGAAACUAAGAAGCUUUUGGACAAACUCGUUGUUCUGAAGCUUAAUGGAGGAUUGGGGACAACAAUGGGUUGCACUGGACCCAAGUCUGUCAUUGAAGUUCGUAAUGGAUUGACAUUCCUCGACCUUAUUGUCAUCCAGAUUGAGAAUCUCAAUUCCAAAUAUGGGUGCAACGUUCCCUUGCUUCUAAUGAACUCCUUCAACACUCAUGAUGAUACACAGAAGAUUAUAGAGAAGUACUCAAAAUCAAACGUCGAGAUUCAUACUUUUAAUCAGAGUCAAUAUCCUCGUCUGGUUCUUGAGGAUUUUACUCCAUUGCCAAUCAAAGGGCAGACUGGCAAGGAUGGAUGGUAUCCUCCUGGACAUGGUGAUGUGUUCCCAUCUUUGAAGAACAGUGGAAAGCUUGAUUCUUUGUUACUACAGGGCAAGGAGUAUGUGUUUAUUGCCAACUCGGAUAACCUGGGUGCCAUUGUUGAUUUGAAAAUCUUAAGUCAUCUGAUCAAAAACAAGAAUGAGUACUGCAUGGAGGUGACACCCAAAACCCUGGCUGAUGUAAAGGGUGGUACUCUCAUCUCUUAUGAAGGGAAAGUUCAGCUAUUGGAGAUUGCACAAGUCCCUGAUAAGCAUGUCAAUGAGUUCAAGUCAAUAGAGAAGUUUAAAAUUUUCAACACAAACAAUUUGUGGGUGAGCUUGUCAGCUAUUAAAAGGCUUGUUGCGGCUGAUGCACUGAAGAUGGAGAUAAUUCCUAACCCAAAGGAAGUAGAUGGAGUCAAAGUUCUUCAGUUAGAAACUGCAGCUGGUGCAGCUAUUAGGUUCUUUGACCAAGCAAUUGGUAUAAAUGUUCCUCGAUCUCGAUUCCUUCCAGUGAAGGCAACUUCAGAUUUGCUUCUUGUCCAGUCUGAUCUUUACACCUUGGUGGAUGGCUACGUUAUCCAAAAUAAAGCUAGGAAAAAUCCUGCAAAUCCUUCUAUUGAACUGGGUCCAGAAUUCAAGAAGGUUGCCAACUUCUUGAGUCGAUUUAAGUCAAUCCCUAGUAUUGUUGAGCUUGAUAGCCUUAAGGUGACUGGUGAUGUAUGGUUUGGUACUGGUGUCACUCUCAAGGGUAAAGUAAGCAUUGCAGCAAAACCUGGUGUGAAAUUGGAAAUACCUGAUGGAGCUGUAAUGGAGAACAAGGAUAUUAAUGGCCCUGAAGACCUCUAAGGAAGCCGCUUAGCUUGUAGUGUGUUGGAGACUAGUAGCCUCUGAGGAGUCCUUUCUUCAUCUUAGAAUGCCCAUGUAUUUUGAUAGUAAAGAAUAAAAAAGUUGCGUUUGUUUGCAGUGUUUGAAUUUGGAAUGUCUAGUAACCGUGUACCUCUUUUUGUUCAUACAAACAACCUUGAUAAGGGGGUGUAAAACUACGUUCGAGUAUAAUUUGGAAACUUGAGCCCCAAUCUCUGGCACAGUUAUCCUUUAGUUUUCACAAAACGUGCCAAGACUGGCGAGAAUGGUUAUGAUAUUUGAAUUUCUUGCUAGAAUUCUUAAUGAAAAAUUAUAACUGAUCUUUGUUA